AUGGAGCCUUUGUAUGAAAGGUUCAGAAAGCAAGCGCCUCCAGUAUUUCUGGGAGGCCCUGAUGUUCUUAAAGCUGAGCAGUGGUUGACUGUUGUUGAGAGAAUACUGAACUUUAUGGGAGUAGCUGGAAAUGAUAGGGUGGCCUGUGCCACGUUUCAAUUUCAGGAGGAUGCCCUGAUUUGGUGGGAAAUGGUAUCCCUCACCAGGGAUGUGACCAGAAUGACCUGGGAAGAGUUCCGGGAAUUGUUCAACGCCAAAUAUUACAAUGAGGCGGUCCGCAGUGCAAAGCGGAAGGAAUUUAUUGAGUUGGUACAAGGUGAGAGUAUGUCAGUGACCGAGUAUACCACCAAGUUUGACCGCUUGGCCAAGCUGGCUUCCGGAAUUGUACCAACAGAUUUCAGCAAGAAAGAAAAGUAUUUGGCUGGACUGAAUGCCAAAAUCAGACAUGACCUGGUUAUUACAACGAGUGAUACAACGACUUAUGCGGAAAUGGUUGAUAAGGCUCUUCGAGCCGAAGGGGCAGUAAAAUUUUUACAAGAAACCCGAGAGUCUUCUGGCGUUGGUGGGGUGACUACUCUCCCUAUGUCGGGCCCUGAGAAAGAGAGUGGGGGUUCUACCUUCGAGCAGAAGAAAAGAACUUUUCCAUUUUCGGGAAGUUCAGGGCAAGGAAAAAGGAAAGACUGUCCUCAGUUGAAGAAAGAGGAACCAAAGCCUGAGGUCAGACCUGUACCUGCCCCUGCACGUGUCUUUGCUAUUACUCAGGCAGAUGCUGCUGCCAGUCCUUCAGUUGUUGCAGGUUCUCGUGUCCCUAGGAUCUCAGCACUGAAAGCUAGGGAUUUAUUACGAGAUGGAUGUGUUGGAUUUCUCGCAGUGGUAGUGGAUUCCAGUAAACCUGUGUUACUUGGGCCAGAAGAAGUUAAUGUGGUUAAGGAAUUCCUGGAUGUGUUUCCCGAGGAAUUGCCGGGAUUACCACCUCAGCGUGAGAUAGAUUUCAUCAUUGAUUUAAUCCCUGAGGCAGAACCUGUUUCAAAGGCACCCUACCGAAUGGCACCUGCUGAAUUAAAAGAACUAAAGAUACAACUCCAAGGGAUAAUUGAUGAUUUGUUUGACCAACUUCAGGGCAAGACUGUAUUCUCAAAAAUUGACUUGAGCUUUUAUGGAUCUCAUGAAUAG